AUGGCCAGCAAACCCGCUUGUCUACCUUGCGGCAAAGUAGCUGAACCAUCCGAUAUUGCGAAUGUGAUCGCCUUUCUGGCUGACCGCAGACAAUCAUCCUACAUUAUUGGCCAAACAAUCAUCGCUGAUGGCGGUUCCUCUUCUGGAAUCGGAGCUGCUACAGCUGUUUUAUUCGCUAAAGAAGGUGCAAAAGUAACAAUUACUGGAAGAAAGCAGGAUGGUCUUGAGGCCACCAAGAAAGCCAUGCUUGAAGCUGGGGCUAAGGAGGAGGACGUGAACGUGGUAAAUGCAGACGUAACAGAUGCACUUGGAAGAGAACAAAUUGUCUCAACUACCAUCCAAAAGUUUGGUCAUUUGGAUAUUCUGGUCAACAAUGCUGGCGCAACAUUUCGCGAUGAUGAUGGUUCCAUGGGAAUGACUGCUAGCACAGAUAUCCUUGAGAAAACCAUGAAGCUGAAUGUGUACAGGUAA